AUGAGUCUUACCGCAGAAGUCGACCUCUGGUCACCCUUCACGAGCGACACUCUGCUGGAGGUUCGCACCAGCGUGAUGAAGAAGAUGCGCGGAUUAGAGGUCACGUCCGGAAUUGACAAGGAUUUGAGGCAUGGCCCCAUUCACGUAUCGUACCUCGGACUCGAUGCGGAUGAGCAUGAUCCAACUUUCCAUGGUGGACCGGAUAAGGCGAUACACGGUUAUUGCUCCUCUCACUAUUCUGGCUGGAAGGCAGAGCAUCCAAUUGCAGCGGAAAGAUUCAGACCAGGAGCUUUUGGCGAAAACUUUGUCACCAGACAUAUGAAUGAGCGCAACGUAUGCAUCGGCGAUAUUAUCGCCGUUGGUGACGAAGUCGUGCUUCAAGUCAGUUUGCCACGACAACCAUGUUACAAGCUCAACCACCGUUUUCAGUUAAAGAACUUCGCGCCUACAACUUUCAAGUCUAGUAGGACUGGUUGGUAUUAUCGUGUUCUGAAAGAGGGAACAGUCGAGGCUGGCGACGAAAUUCGGCUCGUCGAACGCAAAUGGCCCAAGUGGACCAUUGAGAGGGUUCAGGAGUACUUGCACCGGAACCAGACUGAUGCGGCUAUGAAUGAGGAACUUGCUUCAAUUGAAGACAUGGGCAAAGAAAGUCGUGGCGCAUUUCAGCGACGAGUGGCCAAGGCGAAAGCUCAAGUCAAGAGGGAAAAGGGGGACAAGUGGAGAGGCUUCAAGAUCAUCGAGAAGACAAGACAAACCCCGAGAAUCUCAUCGUUUGUCCUCGAAGCCGUCAACCCGAUCGAGAGCCCAGAAUAUCUCAACGAAGGGGCUCACGCAAAGCUCAAGCUGCCGAAUGGUCUUCUUCGAUCUUACUCUGUUGUCUCCGGGGACCGCAACAAGUUCGAGCUCGGCAUUGCUCUCGAGGACAAGGGCCGUGGAGGAUCCCUUUACCUCCACAACUCUAUGGCUGUAGGCGAUAUCCUUCAGGUUGGACGAAUGACAACCGACGUACAAGUCGCCAGUGCCUCAAGCAAUCACGUUUUCAUCGUGGGCGGUAUCGGCAUAACCGCCUUUUUGGUUCUCGCCGAAGCCUAUCACGAAGUCCACUACAAUUUCGAGAUGCACUACGCAGUGCGCUCGGACGACGACAUACCGUUUCGUUCCCGCUUGGAUGCUCUUGGGAGCAGUGUUCGAUUUUACGACCGCAGUAAAGGCGAGAGGAUGGAUAUCGGCGAGAUCAUGGAGACGCUCAAGUGGAACAGCCACGUCUACGUUUGCGGACCUACGCGAAUGACCGAGGCUGUAAGAAUAGCCGCAGAGGAGUGUGGUCUGGACGAAGGCGACGUACAUUACGAAGCCUUCUCUGCCGACACAUCGGGAGACCCGUUCGAGGCAGAGGUUCUAAAUCGAGACGGCAAGGUCUUAAAGGUUGGCGAGGACGAGACGCUGCUGGAAGUACUCAAGCGCGAGAUCGGGGGCGAUGUGGAGAGUAGCUGCGAAGUCGGUAACUGUGGAACUUGCAAAGUUGCACUUAAGAGCGGUCGAGUUGAUCACCGAGGCACAGCUUUGUCUACUGACGACAAACUUGGGUCAAUGCUGAGUUGCGUAAGUCGUGGCAUUGGAAGGAUAGCCAUCGAGAUUUGA